AUGUUCUCCAUCCUCGACACAGCAGCCGAGACGGUCGGCCGACCCAAGACCACCACGGAUCGUGCGUGCGACCAGUGCAAAUCUCGCAAAGUGCGCUGCGACAUGAAGAGACCAUGUCUUGUUUGUGCCAACAAGGGUUUCGAUUGCACCUACGACAAGGCGCGGAAGAAGCGCGGGCCGGCUGGAAAGCGCAUUGAUGAGAUUCGGAGGGCGCAGAGCAAGUCUGUUGAUCAUGAGCGGGCUGGGAGCUUUGGUGGGGAGCGAAGGGAUGAGGUCUCAAACUGGCCGAACGGACUCUCGAUGCAACAACCGCAAACUCCGGAUUUGGAGCAGCCUUUACCACGCAUCAAUACUUCGACCACGGCGUACUCGAACAUUUCAGGACCGCCGCUGGAUCCGGCGCUCGGCAGUCCCAGCAUGAGCGAGUUCGUCUUCCCUAGCCUGCCGAUGGACUCGCCAUCCAGCUCCUGGGACCCUUUCGGCGCGCUGCUGCAGCAGGAGCUUCCGCCAUUGACGACUAGUGUGGAUGUUUGGCCAUCGCAUAUCAACGAGGAAACCCUGCUACCAUGGAUCGACGUCUACUUCAAACGCCUACAUCCUACGAUACCGAUCCUUGACCGAGCGGAGAUGUACCGUGAGAUGCUUACUCGGAAGCAUCAUUCCGAGCCACAGUACGGCGCUAUGCUACUCGCGUUGUGUGCUUUCGCCAUGACACAGCCGAUCCAAAUCCACGAGCGUGCCAGCCAUCCUUCACGCUCGGUGCAGGCUCGUAUGCUCAUGGAAGAGUGCGUCAAGAUGCGAGUCGCAGCUGACUUCGGCGAGCAACCUUCCAUCGAGAUGAUCCUGGCCAGCUUCUUCCUGUUUGCUUGUCUGUUCGGUAACGGUCAGCACAAGGCCGCACGGCUUCGUUUGCGAGAGGCUGUGGACCUUGCGCACUCACUCGGAAUCCACCUGCCACAAUCAUACGAGAGCUUGCAAGCAGAUGCAAGGGAACGCUGGCUUCGAACUUACCUGGUGCUUUCCGUGACUGAGCGAGCGUACGCACUUCAGCAACGACAUUCGAUCGACUUUCGCGGACGACCUGGUCUCAGCGCAAGAUUCAUGGCGGACUUCAAUCCCACGGAUGCGUCUACAUACCUAUCACGGCUGAUCUACUCCGACCAGUCAGACACAAAAGCGAUGACCGGCCUUCUCUACCUGAUGGAAAGCUUCGAUGCCAUCGACGAGAACGUGAUCGAAUGCUGGAUCGGCUACUGCAGGUACAGCGACGGCGUAUGCGAGACUUUCGAUCGACGAAGAGCAUUGCAGACUUUCCGUGCGCAGAGAAGAAUACGUGAAGCUUGCCUCACUGGCAACAUCUCAUUCGCGCCAUCGAUAUCUCCUCUUCCUUUGUCUGAACUUAUGGACAGCCAGCGAGCAGAUAUCACUAUCACGCAGUUCUGGUUGCUGAAUCGACUGUGGAGCAUUUGCUGGUCUCACGGAUUGCUGCGAGACGAGUCCGAUCACCCAGAGCUGCAAUAUGAUUUCGCCUGUUAUGUCGCACAUGCCGUACUGGCAACAUGCGAUGCGCUUCCUCUGGAGUCAAUGGAAGCUCACGGUGUCGGCUUCGCUGAGAAGAUCUACGAUGUCGCUACGGGAAUCGUUACUGCUACACAGGCGUCAUCUGGAAACCUCACGUUGAAUACCCCUCUAAGACCGACCGAUCAGGUCGCCAUCACGAUCGAUCCUGAGCAGGCUGGUCAGGUUACGCCGCAAGAUCUGCUGUUCAGACUUCAAGGACUGCUUCAGUCGUUCCGAGGCGGCGACCAUCCUUUCAAUGGCAAGUUCGCUGAUGCUCUUACUGGCAAUGCCUACCACGGCGGUUGA